CCAGAACAAACGUGAAAUAUUGCUUUGCGGAAGACCUAAAUGAGUUUGAAGGAUGAAAAAAGCUCGUGUUAUGAAGGUGAAGCGUGAGAGUCCGAGAACACAUCACUGAAGGUGACAAGUCUGCUGCCGUGCCUGGUUAGGUCGCCAUGACUUACUGUAUUGGGGACACCAGUUAGUGAAAGCCGAAGAGUAAUGGACGGAUCAUCAAGAGUUUGUGAUGAUACAAAGCCACAUGCAUCUUGAUUUUCAAAAUGGAGGCAAGUUUUCACAGAUUUUCGUUGGCAAGAUAUGAGAAGGGACUCGUCUAGAACCUGGGCACGAGAAGACGCGGGAGAGCACGUGACGGGAGGAAAGUUAUGCCGAGUCAAGUUGAGGCAAGACGAUGGGGGUUACCUUAAUCGCCAGCGCACCGCACCUCCCUGCGCGUGGAUAACUCAGACGUGCUGCAGCUCCACUCGAAGCGUCGUGAGAGUGCAGAUCUCUUAGUGGAUUUGUGAGACGUGAGGUGACGCGCUGCACACCCCCAUGAACCACUCCGGACUUCAGUACUUGUCAGGACGGGGCGGCGAGCAGGCGCCCUCCACGUACCAGCUCAUGGAGGAGGCGUGGGGAGGCAGCCAUUCCUCCGAGGACCUCCUGCGCAAGCCCAAUAACAACGAGAUUGAACCGAGUAUAUCGUGGAACCUUACCUUCGAAGAUGAUGGCGGCGGCUCGCAGGAAACGCCGAUGUUCGCCGAGCGCAUCGACUACCUCAUGCCCCGCCCGCUUAACCUUACCUCCUUCGAUGGCGCCAGCAACGACUCCUCCUCGUCGUUCCUCGGCCAGUACAACGACAGCAGGUCCCUCCCCAUUGAUAUGCGCUUCAACGACGGCCACAUCCUGCUUAUCUCGUGUUACUCCUGCCUGUUCUUCAUCAGUCUGAUCGGUAACCUCUGCGUCCUGCGCGCCAUCCUCGGCGGGGGACGCAAGCACCGCAAGUCAAGGGUCAACCUGAUGUUGCUUCACCUGGCCAUCGCCGACCUGAUCGUAACGACGGUGAUGAUGCCGGUGGAGGUGGGCUGGGCCGCCAUGGUACAGUGGGUGGCCGGGGACGCCCUCUGUCGCCUCUUCUCCUUCUUCAGGAUCUUCGGCCACUACCUGUCUUCCUUCAUCCUCGUCUGCAUCUCCAUAGACAGAUACUUCGCCGUGGUGCACCCGCUGAGCCUGAGUGCCGCAGAUAAGAGAGGCAAAAUAAUGCUGAUCUUCGCGUGGCUGCUGGCGUUUAGCUGCUCCAUGCCCCAGGUGAUCAUCUUCCACGUGGAGACUCACCCUCAGUUCACCUUCUACGUGCAGUGCGUCACCUUCAACUUCUUCCCCUCGCUACACCACGAGAUGGUCUACAACAUCUUCUGCCUGGUGAUGCUGUACGUGGCGCCCCUCUCCAUCAUCAUCUUCUUUUACGGAGCCAUCGUCGUCACCAUCUUCCAGAAGUCACGGCUCUCCUCUGAUGACUCCACCAUCCGCCGCUCCAGCCUCGGGUACUUGGGCAGGGCGCGCGCCAGGACCAUUAAGAUGACCGUGAGCAUCGUCCUCGCUUUCUUCAUCUGCUGGACACCCUACGUGGUCAUCAGCCUCUGGUUCUGCUUUGACCGGUCGGCCGCGGCGCUGCUGGACGAGAAGGUGAAGAAGGGCCUGUUCAUCUUCGCCUGUUUCAACUCCUGCGUCAACCCCAUCGUCUACGGUAUCUUCAAUUUCUGCAAGAAGAAGCAGCCCAUGACUCAAACGUGGCGCUCAACAACCCUCAAUACACAGCUCAAUUCUCGUAGCUGUGACUGUAGGAGCUUCAAGUCCAGCCGCGUCUACUGGACCCGCCGCGAACAGGGCUCCACCGUCACCAGCUCGGAGGCAGCCACCGCCGAGCUGCUCCUCCCUCGUGCCCUCAACUCCCCCUACAGAACAAGGUCAGUCGGGGCACCAAAACUCGAGGGUUCUGAGGUGGCCAGAGGGAGGGAAGAAAAGAUAUGAAUUGAUAGGAAUCAGGACUAUUUUUAUAUUACUUUUUUAACUUUGGACCUUUUGGGUUUCAUUGGGGAAUAAGUUUAGAAGAUUUUCCACUCGUAGUAGUAGUAAAAGUAGUAGUUGUAGCAGUAGUAGUAGUAGUGUUGAAACCAUAAGUAGCAGUCAGCCAUGAACAAAAGAAAUAUCACUUUAAACUUGAUGUAACCUAAG